CCAGACAGAGUCUCAUAUGAAAGCAGAGAGAAAUUCAGAAAUUACAGAGACAGAAGCCAGAAAAAAUGUGCUGACUUUACACAAUAAGAAUUCAGAUGAUAAUUACUGUGCAAUUACUGGUAUGAAUACAUUACUUUGUGCUCCUAUUCAGACUCAGGUGCAACAAAAGGAGUUUUCAGUUAUAGACUACAGCCAUGAAAGGAAACAUGCAGAUGACCAGACAGUCAUCUUUUCAAAUGAAAACCAGAUGGACCUGACAGCAAGUCACACUGUGAUGAUUACCAAAGGCCUUUCAAAUUGUACCAAAAAUGAAAACUUCACAAAAAUAGAUACCACGUCCUUUCUUGAGAAUUUAAAGUGUCAUUCUGAAAAUUCAAGAAUUAAACAGGAAUUAGAAUGUCCCAAAAUUUCCAUAGGUCAAAACACUUUCUCAGAAAAGAUAAAUUCUAACAACUUCAUAAAAAGAUUGGAAACAGGAAAAUACAGUACUUUUCCUUCUACAGAGCUUGACAAAGAAAAUUCUGAGAUACCUGUUUAUUUCAAAGAAACAAACAGUGCCUCUUCUACGCAUCAAAUGCAUUUGUCUCUUAAUGUAGAUGAAAAUAGUGGUAAUAGGACUAGAAUCUUUAGAGAACAAGAUGAUGGCAUGAAUUUGACCCAGUGCCAACCAGCCUAUAUUCAGACUUGGAUUCCUCCAGCUUGGGAAGCCAGCUUAGGAGAAUUUAAAGAUAAUAAUACAAUUUAUGGCAAUGAAUGUAUGGAGUUGACAGCUAACAAUACCAUACAGGUUUUGCUAUCAGGAAGUAAUUUAUCUAAAAGAGAAACUCAAACUCAACAUGUCAUGAUGAAUGUUACAACAGUUGAUGGGGCUGAAGCUCCAGAGAAGAAAACAGUUCUUACGGAUAAACUAAAUGCUGCUUUACAAGGUUCUUUCUCAAACCCUGAAAAUAAAAUUCAUGUUACCAAAAGUCAUACUAUGGAGGUAGAAACUCAUCCAGUCACCCAGAUUUCUAAUCAAGGUGCUAGCACAUUGGCUGUAACCUCAGAAUCGAUAUAUUCUAGUCCAACUAUUGAAGGUUAUAAGACAAUUUUUUAUUCUAGUAACAAUGAUGCAAUGGAACUGACUAAGUGUCUAUCAAGUAUAAGAGAGGAAAAAAAUUUGCUGAAGCCUGAUGAAAAAUAUUCUAAAAUAUGUACCAGUACAGGUCCUGGUCCACUCACAGAGAAAACUAUUUAUUCAGAAGAGGAUAACAUGGACAUUACUAAGAGUCACACAGUUACAAUAGAUAAUAUGACAUUCAAACAAGAUCAAGAAAACAUUAAAAAAAAAACAACAGCUAUACCAGUAUUUAAAAAAGAAAUGAUGCCUCAAAAUCGUAUGUUAGAAGAUCAGAAAAUGAAUGUAAAUUAUGUUACAAUUCCUGAAGUAUCUAAGGAAAGAUUACAACAGAGCCUGACAAAUACUUUAUCUGUUUCAUUGGCUGACAGAAGGAUUGAACUCUUAACAGGUAAAGAUACGGAUUUGACUAAAAGUCACACAAGUAAGUUAAGAAGUGAAGCUGUUCCUACAACUUUUGACUUCACAUCAAAAAAUGUCGCCAAUCCUUACUCUCACAGCAAAAGUCCUUCAGAUGAGUGGGGAAAGCUCGAUAAACAAGUAGUACUGGGACAAGCAGUACAAGACCAGCAUUCUAAACUUUUUGAACCACAGAGGAAAAAUGUAGAUGAUCCUGGCUGUUCUCAUGCUAACAUGAUAAUUUCUUCAGAGGAAGAACAAACUAUGGAUCUAACCAAGAGCCACACUACUGUAAUUGGGUUUGGUCCAUCUGGGGUACAAGAACAUGGUAAACCUAACUUAGAACACAGAGACUGCGGACUCUCAACAGAAAGCAGAAAGAUAGCUGUGAACAUUCCUAUAGAAAACACUAGAGUAUUACCAACUAAUGAUAUGGACAUGUUAAAGGACAGAAGUAUACAUAAACCUGAAUUUUUGAAGGAAAAAAAAUUUUGUGGAAGAAAAAGUGCUGGUGGGCUGAAAAUUGAUAAAACUAUUUUAUUUUCAGAGGGUAAUGAGAAUGAUAUGGAUAUCACCAAGAGUCACACAGUGAAAAUAAACCAUACAUCUCUAUUAGAUAAACAUGAUUCUCACCUAGUACCUUUAGCAGGAACUUCUAAAACCAUUUUGAAUGCAUGUGGACAGGAUGAAAUGGAAAUCACUAAAAGUCACACAACUCCUUUAGAAUGUAAAAUUAUCUCACCAAAUGAAAUAACUCCUGGUCAUCUAGAUAAGACUUUGAUGUCUAUAAAUGAUCAUGAGGAACUAGAAAUUACAAAGUCACAUACUGUUUUCAUUGACUACCAAGCAGAGGUGAAAGGUGUACUUCCAGACAGAUUUGACUUUGAAUUACCCAAAGAGGAAAGCCUACAAAGGCCAAAAGUGAUGUCUACUUCUGCUGAAGAGAUUGUUUCCAUUUCAAAAAACAGUAAAAGCAACUGUCCAGCAGCAGAAGGCAGCCAGCUGAUAGUACUAGAGGAAGGAUCUAAUAGUGGACUUAGAAAAGAAACUAAUGAUGUACAAAAGCCUGGAUUUCUCCAUGAACAACUUUCAGACAAAAGCCUUGGGCUCAAAAACAAGACCAUUACAUUUCUAGUGAAUGAUAAAAAUAAUAGAGAUACCACUCAGAAUUCUGUGGUGGAAACCUGUAAUAAAAAUAGCCUAGAAGAAAGAGAGAGCUUAAGUUUUGUGCCAUUGGCAGGAACUUCUAAACUGGUUUUGUCUGCACACAGGCCGGAGGACACAGAGCUCUCUAGAAGUCAAGCCACUGCUUCAGAAUAUAAAACUGUCCCACCAGAUGAAAGAACUACUGUACCUAUGGACAAAACUGUAGUGUUUCUAGAUAAUCUCGGUGAUCUGGAUGUCACCAAGUCCCAUACAGUUUUCAUUGAUUGUCAAGCCAAAGAGAAAGCACUUCAUGACAAUACUAAAUUAGGAAUGGCAGCAGCCAAAAACUUGAGUGGUCCUGAAAGUGAUAGCAGUAUUCAAGAAAUCACAAAAAAAACAGUAGCUGAAAAACACCAUAUAAGAACUGUUAUUCCUUCUAAUACAUUAUUUGGCUCUCAGAGUACAGUGGAAAUCAACAAGAUUCAUAAAGCUGAUCUAGAUGAAGUUGUAGGAAAGUGUGUGGAGGCCAAUAUAUUAAAACAAACUAAACUUGAAACCUGUCCAUUAAAUAGUACAGAUGGAAGAAAUGUGGAUUUUACACACAGUCAUGUAACUUCUGCAUGUAGAUUCAGUGACAAGUAUUCCUCUUUACCAGAUGUUAUUUUUUCUGAUAAUUUGGAUGGUAAUAUAUCCUUGUAUGAUAAAAAUAAGGAGAAAGCCAAUAAUUGCCAAACUCAAAGUGCCGUAGCACUGCUUAAAGAUCAAUAUCUGAUAAAAGAGCCUCUGGGGGAGAUGACUAAAGUCUCAAAGGAUCAGGGGGAGACCUUUGUUGUUGAUGUUAAUGUUGCUUCUCAGCCUCCUCUCUCAGGCCAGCAGCCCCCAUCAACUCAAAAAGGGCAGGGUGCUGUCAAUAAAGAUGAAGGAGUAUUGGCUGGAAAGAAGACUUCAUCUUUUUUUACAGAGAAGUCUGCACCCACACGUGAAAAUGAAACCAAAAUGCUUACUAACGAGGAAAACUUUGCUGUAGCCUACAAAAAAGAACUGAAUGAAAGUAUUCAAACAGUUAAGUGUAAUACAGAUACUGAUUGCCAUAGUAAUUCAGGCCUGACAACACAAGUCAUUCGAGUCCAUGCCAAUGCAAGAGAAGCAUCAGGCUCUAUGGUUCCAUCUAAUGUUUCAUGUUUUAGCAGUGUCAAACCAAGUCUGAGUGAUUUGAAUAGAAAAACUGAGGUUUUAGACUUUCCGACUGUUCAUGUGUUACCUCCUGCAGAACAGUUACUUGAAGCAGGAAAACAGCCACACAAUAACAUGAGUAUGGUACAAGCUACAGCAAUACAUAACCUAGGCUCCAGUGAUGAUGGAGAUGAAGAAAGUACAACUUUUCAUAAGGGGGCUGAGGCUACAUCUCUAUCACCAAAAGCAAUUGUUAAAGACAAAACUAGAAGAUGUUCAUUGGGAAUCUUCUUACCCAAAUUACCAAACAAGAGAAAUUGUAGUAUCACUGGUGUUGAUGACCUAGAGCAAAUUCCAGCAGAUGCGACGGACUUAAUUCACCUAGAAACUCCGCCAGUUUCUAGGAAAGAUUCAGGCAUUGGAUUUGUUGCAGCCAAACCGAAUUUGAGUCCAUCUCAGUAUAUAAAUGAGGAAAAUCUCCCUAUGUAUCCUGGUGAGAUAUUUUCAUCAGACUCUGUUAGCCUAGACAUCGAAGAAAAUGCUCUGAUUGACACACAUCACAAAGAGAUUUUACCAUCUGAAAACAAAAUAGAAACCUGUGGUGCCCAGAAAAGAGCCUGGGUACAAGAAGAUGAUAAUGUUGUAAGUGAGAAAAAAAUCCGAACACAUGAUAGUGCACAAGAUCAGGAGGUUUUUGAUCUUCACACUGAAGGAGAUAUCAAUAAAAAUGUCAACAGUGCAUUGAUAAAAAGCAGAACACCGUCUAGUUGCAGCAGCUCUCUGGAUUCAUUCAAGGCUGAUGGAAUUUCUCUGGAUGUCAGCACCCAGCGUAAUAGCCAAAUGGAAUCACAAUUUCUCGGUGACACUAUCUGUGAAGAGAGUUUGAGGGAGAAACUCAAGAAUGGACAAAUUACAAUAAGGGAGUUCUUCAUACUUCUUCAGGUCCACAUCUUAAUACAGAAACCCAGGCAGAGCAAUCUCCCAGCCAAAUUUACUAUAAACGCAUCACCUACCCCAGAAGAUCUGAUGUUGAGACAAUAUGUUUAUGGACCCAAGAUACAGAUUUACAGAGAAGAUUGUGAGCUUCUGCGACAAAAGAUUGAAGAAUUAAAGGUGUCUGCACUGAACCAAGAUAAACUAUUGACUGAUGUAAAUAGGAACUUGUGGGAAAAAAUGAAAGACUACUCUGAUGAAGAGCUGAAGACUUACGGAAUUUACCUUAACAAAAUGAAAUCACGUUAUACCAAGAUGACAAAAGUCUUCACUCACCAAGGAAAAGUGGCUCUGUAUAACAAAUUGGUGCAUUCAGCUGAGAAUGAGAAGAAGAAACUUCAGAUAAAGAUAAAUGAGUUGGACAACAUACUUAAGAAGAUCACUAACUGUCUCACUGAAGUGGAAAUAGAAACUAAGAAUUUGGAGAGUGAAGAGAAAGAUGAUCCAAUGGAAGAAUGGGAUUCUGAAAUGAGAGAUGCAGAAAAAGAACUGGAACAGCUGAAAACUGAAGAGGAAGAGCUUCAAAGGAAGUUCUUAGAAGUAGAGACACAGAAAACACAGACUCUUGCUCAGAUAGAAUUUAUAAAAGAACAAACAACUAAUACUGAAGAAUUACUGGAUCAAUUGAGUUUGUCUGAGUGGGAUAUCAUUGAGUGGAGUGAUGAUCAAGCUGUAUUUACCUUUGUUUAUGACUCAGUAGAACUCAUCAUGACCUUUGGAGAGCCAGUAGUUGGUCUUCCUUUCUUGGACAAGGAUUACAGGAAGAUUAAUGAGCUCAAUUUUCAGUCUCUGUUAGAUGAAGAUAAAGCUCCUCCUUCCUCCCUUUUAGUUCAUAAGCUUAUUUUUCAGUACAUUGAGGAACAGGAGUUCUGGAAGAAGAAAUGUACAACACAACAUCAAGUACCUCAGAUGCUUCAAGAACUCUCACUGGUAGUGAGCCAUUGCAGGCUUCUUGGAGAGGAGAUUGAAUUUUUAAAGAGAUGGGGCCCAAAUUAUAGUCUAAUGGAUAUAAAUGUGAAUAAUACUGAAUUGAGGCUUUUAUUCUCCAGUUCUGCAGCAUUUGCAAAGUUUGAGAUAACUUUGUCUCUCUCAGCCUAUUAUCCGGUGGUCCCACUACCAUUCACUAUUCAAAAUCACCUUGGGAAUACUGGCCAUGAUGAAAUUGCUGCUGUUAUCUCGAAAGUGCCCUUAGAGGACAACUACCUAAAGAAUAUAGUCAAGCAAAUUUACCAAGAUCUACUUAAGGACUGAAACUUUUGCCGUAAGACCCAGAGAUCACAAGUAUCUCAACUAAGGAAAAAAUGUGCUUUCCCAGGCAUAGAGGCAAACUCUUGUAACCUCAGGACUUGGGUGAGACAGAUCACAAGGUCCAUGCUAGCCUGGGCUAUCUGUGGGCCUGGUUGAAAAACAAACAGGAAAAGUACUAAAUGAUACAUCAGAGUCACUAUUACUGUUUAUCCUUUGUCUUAACAUAUAAAACUAGCAAAAUUCCUCCUGAUGACAUCAUACCUAAUUUGUAUCAUUAGUUUUUAAAUACCUAGGGGAAAAAAAUGGAGUCUCAAAUAGGAUGCUAUCAACUUGUUUACCCUUAUACCCAAGGGUAAGUAAUUGGACUUGCAAGAAAUUUCCCCUAAUGUAUCUCAGUGAUAGAGCACUUACCUUAUAUGCAUGAAGACCUGGGUGUAGUACCACCAAAACAACAGCAACAACAAAAAACAAGUGAUCUUUGUCUUAAUGUAAUCUCUAAGGAGUGACUUGUAAGAGGAGGUAGGACUACUAACACAAAGAGUAAUCAUUUCCUCCUGUUUAGAGCUGUGUAUUUAUGGUGCUUGCCUAGCACAUAUGUAUGGAGUAGGGUAUGUCUGUCAGCUUGUGCUGGUACAGACCAAAUGGCUCCAGCUACUCAGAAGACUGAAGCAGGAAGCUCACUUGAUCUUGUGACUUCAUGACCAGCAUUGUCAACAUAGCAGUGAGAUUUGUCUCCACAAAAACAAAAGAAUGUAUCUAAUGUAUCUAACCAUAGACUACCCAUCCUUCUCCAUUUCAGAAAUGCUGUUAAGAGAAGGCACGAACACUGAGCUAUUGGAAUGGUUGCCAUCUUUUCUUGAGAGUCUUGUUAUUUUCUUUACAGUGUUUAUUAGUGUUUUCUUAAGUAUGUUCUUUCUAGAAAAAAUUCAUUUUGGUUUGUAAUGUAAAUAUUUCAGUGUUUUUGUAUUUGUGAUAUAUAUAGCAAUGUCAAUCACUUUUUUAAUUAAAUAGUGACAGUAAUCACCUUGCAAUACUAGUUUCUCACAAUCAUUAAAAAACUAUUGCUUUCUGAAAUCACACUUUUCUCAUAUACAAAAGCAAUGUAUAAAUUGUUUAAUAAAUGAACAAUAUUACCUCUGAGAUAGACAGAUAUAAAAGGACUUUUCUCCAAUGCUAGUCAAAUUCUAAUCAAAGUAACUUUGUUUCUUUUACAUUUAAUUUAAACUGUGUUUAUAUCUUAUAAUUUAUUUUAAAUAUCAGAGUAAAGUCCUUUUAGUGCCACAGUGUUGCUAUCUUACUUUUUUGCUAGUUUUUACUUUUGAUCUGUGUAUCAAGAGAGCAUACUUUUUUAGCUUUCAAAUGUCAACAAAAAAUUCUUUUGACUUAAAAAUUAAGGCCUUAGGUAGUCAUAAAAAUCUUGUAAAGUCAUCAGUAUGAUGUUUCCCAUGAAAUUUAAUUUAUCCUUCUGACUGGAAUUAUUUUUUCCUAGCUGAAUAAAAAUUAAAUUUUAUUGUAUAUAUUUAAGCUUGAAAAAGAGUUCCCAGAAUGAUUUGUCUUAUAAUGAUGAUGUCUGCUUUCUUGGCUUUGAAGGAUGUAAUUUUGUUUAUAUAGGUGUUGUUUUUUCCUAUGUUUAGAGUUUUGGCAAUUUUUUAUAUUUUCUAAGUUUCUUUUAUGAAUUUUAAAGUAUUUUUUCACUAUUAAA